AUGCUUGAAGUUGGAGCAAUGGAUAUGACUUCUAAAUAUCCCCCUAAAUAUCCCAAAAAUCCGAAACUCCGGCCCAGAUUCAACCAGCUAAACCAAUCUCCUUCAGCAACGGAGUCAUCAAACGCCGCCACCACAUCCACCACCACUCAACCACCGUCACUACAGAACCGCGCAGCUGCGAUUGGAGGUCACGCGCUCGACGUUUGCAGCGAAUUCAUGCCGUCUCCUACCUUCACAUCUUCUGAUCCAACUUCCCUCAAGUGUGCCGCGUGCGGUUGCCACCAUAACUUCUACCGCCGUGACCCAGACGAUUCCUCACUCACUUCCGCCGCGGCUCCACCAUCUCUGCUUACAUCUUCCACCAUCGCUGAAAUAGAGUACCAGCCUCACACCGUCAAUUGA